CCUCGGAGCCAGCUGGGUAACGAAAGACCUUUAAACAGAGAGACAAACAUUGCUGCACGACGACGGAUCCUUUCCUUUGAGGGCUAAAAAAAAAAAAAAUUGUUUGGUGUCAGUCUCCUUUUCCGGAGACUUGAAUGAGAGCAGCGAUGGGAGUGUGCGUUCAUUUUUGGCAGCAGAUAACUGAGACCAGGGACAGGAACACCCAAGGGUCACCCUGACUGUACGCUGUAACCCAAGAUGCCUCUAAAUGAUGAACGACCUGCCUCCACAUCCAGCGGUGAGGACCAAGGCAGUGAUGGCGAGUCUUCAUCGAAGCGCUGCGACAGCAUGAUGUCGACCAGCGACCUGGACUGUUCCCGUGAAAGCUUCACCAGCGACUGCUCCAGCAAGCAUUGCACGCCCUCCUCAAGCCCACCCAAAGUCUUAACCCUGGAUGAAGUCAUGGAGUCUGCCAGAGACCUGUUUCACCUCAGCUUAGCCCAUGAGAUCACUGUGAACGGCAACUUCCACAUGGAGCCUGCCAGCCUACCUCAGGACAGUAUAUGGAAGUUAGUUAGAGAUAAUGUCCACAAGGCCUUCUGGGACAUCCUGGAGUCCGAGUUGAACGACGACCCACCUGAGUAUGGGCAAGCCAUCAGAUUAUUGGAGGAGAUCAGAGAGAUCUUACUGUCAUUCCUUAAUCCGGGUGCCAAUCGGAUGCGGACCCAGAUCAUGGAGGUGCUGGACAUGGACCUGAUUCGUCAGCAGGCUGACAAUGAUGCUGUAGACAUCCAGGGGCUUGCCUCUUAUAUUAUCACCACCAUGGGCAAGUUGUGUGCACCAGUUAGGAAUGAGGAAAUCAAGAAGCUCCGCGAAAGCACGGAUAACAUCGUGACACUGUUCAGGGAGAUCUUCCGUGUGCUGGACCUGAUGAAGGCGGACUUGGUCAACUUUACAAUUGAAAAUCUGAGGCCUGUGCUGCAGAACCAGAGUGUUGAAUAUGAGAGGGCAAAGUUUCAGAGCAUCCUGGACAAAACACCUAGUGCUUUGGACCACACCACCUCGUGGAUCAAGUCGGCACUGGAGGAGCUGCUGUCGGCUACCGUCUCCACAGAGCAGACUAAAGGUCAGGGGAAACAACAGCGAGCAAUGCCUGGGCCCUUUCAGAUCCUUAACACUGCCUUCGUCGGCAUCCUUACAUGGGAUUACGAAAGGAGUCCACUGCCUGAGACCUUGGUGACUGAUGAGGGCCGUCUGCGAGAGAUUCAGUGGCAGCUCCAGAGGUGUCAGGCAGUGAACGAGGUGCUGCUCAUUGUCUGCAGCACCAUCGGAGGGCCUAUCCAGGGUCUGCCCUCGCUGUCUGACCGUCUGAAGAGGAUGACCAGUGUGCUGCUGGAUGGGAUGCACAGCCCGAACUUUAACCUAGAAAAGGCACUAGAGGGCGUCAGUUCUCAGAUCUGCUGUGAACUCAACAAGUCUUUAACAGAGAGGAGCUACCCUGCACUGACCCCAGAACUGCAGGCCACCCUUAGAGGCCAGAUCUGCAGCAUCACUCAGAAAGACAAUCCCAUCCGUACUCUCGUUGAGGACCGUGUGCAGCAAUACUUCAUGGCGCUCAUCUGUGAUCCCAAACCCAAGGUCAAACUUGAACAGGUGCCAGCCGGCCUGACCGCCAUCAAACCUGAAUUAGCACUGAUGGGAUCUAAGUUUAUCUCCCUGGUCAACUACAACAGGACAGUCUAUGGACCUUUCUACGCGAGUAUAAUCAGGAAGCUGAUGUUCAGCGACAGCCCGCCAGCAGCAAGCCCUCCUCAGGACACCACUCAUGAAUCCGUCACCUCCAAUUAAAACCAAACUUCGGCUCAUUUAGUCUAAGGAGUCCUUUUUGCCAUGAGACAUAGCUAAAGCUAAGGAGGUACUACAGUAGCUGGGCAGUGCAACUGCUUUGCUAAGUCAGUGUGCUCCAAUAGUUGGAGUUAUCUUCACCAUAUUAUAAAUGUAAUUUUUAUCACUACAUUUAGCAGUGAAGGCACCUUGUGGUCGACAUUUAAUGUGACCUGAGUCCUUUGUGGUAAAUGCUCCAAAAUAUGCUGUCUUGUGAACAUUUACAGCUUCAACACCGUAAAAACCAGUGUUACAACAAGCCGUUUCUAAACCUAAUAGUGAUCCUUGUAUUGUACAUUUGUCUGCAGUCAAACUCCUGUUAUCGUGGAGGGAAUCCGCAGGGGGAAAAGGGCAAAACCUUAGUAUGUCUAAAAAGGAUACAGUAAGUUUUAUGAAGCAAAGAGGAAGAAGCGUAUAUAUUUAGAAAAGUAGCAGAGUAGCAUAUUAGAUUCUUUACAUAUAACAAGUUAUUUAUCAUUGUUAAAUUCUAAGGUAACUAUAUAGUAUAACUACAGUUAACUAUGACCACCUUUGAAUAGACAAUAAAGAUAGCCCUUUUCCCAUGGAAUAACUCCUUUUGAUUGUUUCAUCAGCCAGAGAACUAAACUUUCCGUUGUCUGUUUAAUCCACUGAUAUUACUAUACAGCAAAGAAAUAGUAGAAAUAAAACAAAAAAACUUUUUAUCUUAUUUUGCAAAGAAAGAAUUAAAAGUUGUCUGCAUGAGUAGCUUUGUGUUGGGGUUAGGUCAUUUGAGUUUUUACUAGUUAGUAUUUGUCACAUGUUGUAUGUUCUGUAAUUUUACUUAUUUACUGCCAGUGGAAUACUUGUUAUAUUGAUUUAGUUGCAAUGUUUGUUACAUUUUGAGGUACUGUAGUUGCUACAGUAUUGCUGUGUUGGCUGUUAGAACCUGUGUGGAAAUGAAAGGUGCUGCACUCAAAAGUGAUUUUGUGUCCAAAAAUUUCCAGUGGACCCAAUGAUGCACAAAGAAAAGCAGUUGUGUACUUGACAUGGAAGUUUACAUGAAAAUGUGGGAAGUUAUUGUACUUUUCUUGUGUACCACAAUUAAUAUAAUAAAACUUCAAAGAGAAA